CAAGGGAACUGGGAGAGAAGAAUUCAAGAUGGCGGCUCCCAUGAGAGCAUGUCGUCUGAAACCACUUCUUUCUCUAAAAACAUUAGCGUUUGUUGGCCAUCCUCGAACUCAAAUAGCCACCAGACCGAUACUAUGUGCUUAUUUCGUCUCUGCAAGAAGUGCAUCAAGUGAUUCGCAGCAAACUACUGGAAAUCCUGCACCGAGAAACCUCUUUGAGGUUUAUCUCCAAAACCCUUCCCUUUUGAGUGGCAAGAGAAUCGGAGAAGAACCACUCACGGUUGAAGACAUGCAGGUCGAAAUUGAACGGCAGAAGAGGCUGCAGGAUCGCCAACCAGUGGCCAUCCCUGCUCCUGGUGAAGUAGAGUGGCAAAAAAGUAGCAAGAGGACGGGUGCUGUUGGGGUUAAACUCGGCAUGUCUGCACUAUGGCUCAAGGAUGGGAGGCGUCUGCCCGUUACUCUAAUACAGAUCAAAGACUGUGAAGUUGUGCAGGCACGAGUGGCUAAAGGUCAUGGAGGAAGAGAUCCACAAACUGAACUACAAGUCGGUGCUGUCAAUAAACUUGAACUGAAUCAGAUUGGAAAAGCCCAGUUUGGCCAUUUCAAGAGGUUUUCUGUGAGACCCAAGAGGAAAGUGUGCAGUUUUCCUGUUACACCUGAUGCUCUUCUUACUCCAGGAACUCCUAUUACUGCUGCACAUUUUUACCCUGGACAAUAUGUCAAGAUCCAGGGCGUCACGAAGGACAAGGGAUUCCAGGGAGUGAUGAAGCGCUGGGGUAUGGGUGGCCAGCCUGCCAGUCAUGGUCAGUCCAAGACACACAGGAAGAUGGGUGCUACUGGGGGAGGACAGGAUCCUGGUAGAGUUUGGCCUGGCAAGAAGAUGGCUGGUCACAUGGGUAACAAGAACUGCACUCUGCAUGCAGUGAGGGUUCAUAGAAUAAACACAAAGUACAAUGUACUGUAUGUACAAGGCCAGUGCCCAGGUCCCACUGGUGGAUUUCUCAAGAUUAGUGACGCCUGGAAGAGGCAUCCACAUGCGCCCCCAUUCCCAACCCACAUGGAUGAGCCAGAGAAGGCUUUAGAAGAAGACCUGUAUGCAGAAAAUAUACAGCGCUUCAAUGAAGAGUCUAUUAAUUAUGAGCAGAAAGGCAAAAGAUAGGUUAAAACAUUCUCUAUCACAUGUGAAGCCUUGGUAAAGGACACAAAAUCGUUUGACCAAAUGGUUAUUGUCACUUUGGUGUGCUUCGUUUUGGGUAAUACACAUAUCCAGACAUCAAGCCUGAAGUAUUGACCUGAAUGAAAAUACACCUAUUUUAAAUACGGUCACACUCAGAGAAUUCAUCUGUUGUAACCUGCAUAGAUAAAUAUAGGUAUGAAAUAAAUAAGCAAAUUAGCAAAGCAUAAAUAAAUAAGAUAAGGUGUAGCAUUCCUGUUUAUUUAUCCGUGACCAUUUGCUGUCUUUCAAAGACCAUCAUUAAACCAUUUGAACACUUCCCAUGAACCACUGUAAGUUACAACACGUGGAUUCUUGUCUGCAACCUCAUUUAAGACAGGUGUAUAUAACUCCUGGAAACAUUUUUUAUAAAUAUAAAAGGAUUGCAAAGCUUUCCCCUUGGCUGGGAAAAUAAGGCAAGAUCAAGAUUUUUAGAAUAAAGAGUGCUUUAUAAAUGAAA